AAAUAUUUUGCACACCGUGUGUUUUUUUCCGAGCGAGCCAUUUUCUCAUUUAUUGAGGGUAAAAUGACUGAAAAUGGACAGUUUCUUGAUUAUAAGAAUGUAUUCCAAGAAAAUCGUGGAGCCAUGCACGAUGGUCGCUUGCAACUUUUAAAGGAAAAAAUAGUUUUCAAAAAUAACAAGACCGGCAAAAUUGACUCCAUUCAACAAAAUGAUUUGCACUCGGCUUUGUGGCGAAGAGUGGCACGAGAUUUUGAACUUAAGUUUCAAAUGAAUAGUGGACAAGUGUUCAGAUUUGAUGGCUUCAAAGAAAUGGAAUUUGAACGGCUUAAAGAUUUUGUGAAGAAUUAUUACAAGAUUGAUUUGGAACACCAGGAGCUUAGUGGGAAGGGGUGGAAUUGGGGUACUACUGAUUUUGAAGGCAAUGAAAUGAUGUUUCAAGUCGGCCAAAAACUCUCUUUUGAAAUCCCAUUAAACAACGUUUCACAAUGCACGCAAAAUAAAGACGAGGUAACAAUGGAGUUUCAUCAAAAUGAUGAUUCCGAGUUAUCACUCAUGGAAAUGAGAUUUUUCAUUCCACCCUCACAAGAUGAAAUGAUCGACAAAGUUAAGGAUUUCCAUGAUAAUGUGAUGGCAAAGGCUGACGUAUUACAAGUCAAAGGAACAGCGAUUUGUGUUUUCCAAGAUCUACAAUGUCUUACACCAAGAGGACGAUACGACAUACGUAUGUAUCCCAAGUUCAUUCAACUCCAUGGAAAAACAUUUGAUUACAAAAUUACUUACACUUCGAUAUUAAGAUUGUUCCUUCUUCCCCAUAAAGACCAACGGCAAAUAUUCUUUGUGGUUAGUUUAGACCCUCCAUUAAAACAAGGAAUGACGAGAUAUCAUUUCCUUAUAUUGCUGUUUUACAAAGAAGAUGAUCUUGCUGUGGAACUAUCAUUGCCUGAUGAUGAAAUCGAGGAACGUUUUGGUGGAAAAUUACAGAAAGAUAUGUCAGGUCCAAUGUAUGAAGUUGUUAGUCGUGUAAUGAAACAUCUUGUGCAAAGGAAAAUCACUGUUCCUGGCUCAUUUAAGGGUUUAAAUGGUGUUCAGUCGAUCACCUGCACUUACAAAGCAUCAUCUGGUUUCCUGUUCCCUCUGGAGCGAGGAUUUAUGUACGUCCACAAACCACCUGUCCACAUCCGUUUUGACGAGAUUGCUUAUGUAAAUUUUGCUCGUGGAACGACAAAAAUCAACAAAUCGUUUGAUUUCGAAAUCGAAACACGGAGCAAAAAUAAUUUUGUUUUCAGCAAUAUUGAAAGAGACCAAUAUGCCUCUUUGUACGAUUUCGUUCAUAAUAAACAACUGAAGAUAAAGAAUAUUGGAAAGGAUGGUGCGGACUUUGAUCUGAUGGUGGACAGUGAUGAGGAUGCAGAUGUCCAUGAUCCUUACAUGGAGAGGAUGAAACAGGAGGCAGCGGAACGAGAGAAACAAGUGGACGACGACGAUGAUGAUGAAUCAGAAGACGAUGAUUUUCAACCUGAGACAAACGUGGCUGAGGUUGAAGAGGAGUACAACUCUGAUGUUGGGAGUGCUUCCUCAGGAGCAAGUGAGGAGGAGGAAGAGGACGGAGAGGAGGAGGUGGAAGAGAAACCAAAGAAGAGGAAAAAAGAGAAAGUGAUGAAAGAAAGAAGACAAAAAGAAACACCUGGAAAAGUGAAACGAAAGAAAAAAGAUCCAAAUGCUCCGAAACGUCCACAAUCGGCUUACUUUUUAUGGUUGAACGAAAAUCGUGGUCGAUUUAAGGCUGAAAACAAAGGAAUUUCUGUCACAGAACUUACCAAACUUGCUGGAAAGGAAUGGAAAAAAAUUGACCCUGAUGAAAAACAGAAUUCUCCACCAGCAGAUGAGGAAUCAGCAAGUGAAUCGGAAGCUGCAAGUGAAGAAGAAGAGAGCGACUAAAUUUGAUGAACCAUUUCCAUUUUUUACAUAAAACAGAAAAUUUCAAAAGUUUUCACAACAAGUGAAAUUUCUCUGAAAAGUUUCAAAAUCAACAAUCCAAAAACUUUUUCCUUAAAGAUUUAAAUUUUGUGAUAAAAACCAUGAGAACUUAUUCAUCAUGAUGAAUUGAAACUCGGUAUUUUGUAAUCUUCACUUAGCGCUCUUCUUUUCUGAAGAUUUCAGCCAGUGUGUCAUACUUUUGUAUACUUUUUUGACCGCUGUAAGAAAUUUAAAAUGUUGUAUAAAUGUGAGUCGCACAAUACAUUAUUUCAAAAU